AAGAAAACUAUUCUUAAAGUCCAAUUUGUUGAAUUCCACAAUCCCAUCUACUUGUGGGGACUUACAGAUAUCUUGCAACUAGACUUGUCAUCCAAUUCUCUAAUUGGACCUCUAUCAGGUGCUGUUGGUAAUUUGAAAGUUGCUACAUACAUAAAUGUAUCAUACAACCAAUUAUCUGGUAGUGUACCAAGUAGCAUUGGAAGUUUAUUGAGCUUGGUCAAUCUCUCCUUAGCACAUAACAAUCUAGAAGGCCCUAUUCCUAGUUCCUUUGCAGAUUGUUUAAGCUUAGAAGGAUUGGAUUUAUCUCGAAAUAGUUUCACUGGAGUGAUUCCAAAGUCUCUAGAAGCACUCUUAUAUCUCAAGCAUCUGAAUUUGUCUUUCAACAGACUCCAAGGAGAAAUUCCAAGCGGCCGUCCUUUCAAAAACUUCUCUGCUAAAUCAUUUGUUUCAAACCAUGGACUCUGUGCUGGAUCCCAAUUUCAAGUUCCACCAUGCAAAAGAAAAACUAGCAUAUCUAUCUUGAAGUAUGUUAUUCCGGGGAUCUUGUCAGCAAUGCUUCUAGUGGCCUCCAUAUUUUGGAUGUUGAUGUUACGCAGAAAAAAGAAUGCAACAGCUGCAGCGCAUACUAUCUUGACACCUCAAGUUUUCUGGAGAAGAGUUUCAUACCUAGAGCUCCUACAUGCAACAGAUGGAUUCAAUGAAAGCAACUUACUUGGUACUGGGGGUUUUGGCUCAGUAUAUAAAGGAACAUUUCCAGAUGAGACAGAUGUUGCAAUAAAGGUUUUCAAUUUGGAUUUAGAAGGGGCAUUUGCAAGUUUUGAGGUUGAAUGUGAAAUGCUAAGUAAUGUUCGUCACAGAAAUCUUAUCAAAGUCAUCAGUUGUUGUUGUCAAAUUGAUUUCAAAGGUCUUGUAUUGAAUUACAUGCCUAAUGGGAGCCUUGAGAAGUGGUUGCAUUAUCAGAAUUCUUUUUUGGACUUAGUGCAGAGGUUGGAUAUAAUGAUAGAUGUUGCAUCGGCAUUGGAGUACCUUCACCAUGAUUAUGAAGUACCUAUUGUCCAUUGCGAUUUGAAGCCGAGCAACAUCUUACUAGAUGAUGAUAUGGUUGCACAUGUUGCUGAUUUUGGUAUUGCAAAACUCUUGGGUGGAGGAGAUUCUAUGACUCAAACCAUGACCCUGGCCACAAUUGGGUAUAUUGCUCCAGAGUAUGGAAUGGAAGGAAUAGUGACCAGAAGAGGGGAUGUGUAUAGCUUCGGUAUUGUAGUGAUGGAAACAUUUACAAGAAGGAAACCAACUGAUGAGAUCUUCAUUGGGGAAAUGAGAUUAAGUCAAUGGGUUGCAAAUCACCUAGUUGCAAAUGCGAUAGUUGAUGUUGUGGAUGCUACUUUACUUGGAACCGAGGAGGAUCAUGAGUUCGUGAGCAAGAGGGAGUGCUUAUCAUCUAUUAUGAGAUUAGCUGUUGCUUGUUCAGCAGAAUCACCGGAAGAGAGGAUAAACAUGCAAGAGGCUGUAGCCAUGCUUAAAACAAUCAAGAUCAAGUUUUCAAAGCAAACUGCAGUAGGAGGUGUGGUGUUGAACUGUCGUCCUGUUUGGUAACCCUUUAAUGUGUCGAUAUAUCUUGGCUUGCCAUUUGAUUAUGUACCUAAUUAUGUAAUUGUAUGAUAGUAUGGUUCUGACUCAUGUUUGGUUGAAGACUGAUUGCAAAUCGAAUGAAGUGUGUUCUAGAAAGCCUCACAUCUCAGAGAUGCUUGAUAAUCGGCUUCAGUGUGUGAAGAAGUAGUCUCAUUUAGUUGUCUGACACCUGUUGUCUCUUAAAAACAUGACACUGAUUCGUUGCUCUAAGCUCCAGUACUUGCCGGUUGCAAAACUUGUGAAUAUCCUUUGCUAGACCAAUGCCGGUGAAACCUUCAUAUUGCAAAUGGCUCUGAACAGCAGGCAUCAUCAACCUCAAUAUGCUACUCUGGAGGCCAAAGAAGGCUAAAGCUGGAGAGGAGAAAUAAUAUAUUGAUAUGGGAAAGCUUCUGAAAAUGAAGAUAGAAGAGGUUUCAGCUAGGACCAUGGAGGUAUUGGUGGAUGCGGUUCCUAGGUCUGCAUGGAUGUCCACCUUCUCCUGUACUGAGUUGGACGAUUAAGGGGGUGAACAGAAUAGCAAGGAGAUUGCCAGUGAGAUGGAAGCAACUGCUGCUGCCUACCACAUUUUCCUUAAUGUUUCUCUGCUUGGUUCCAAGUCCAUUGAGGAGGAGGACCUCAUGAGGUUCAUGACUGAGGAAGAGGUGCUGAAGAGCUCUAACAGAUUCGCUGGUGAAGGUCUACAACACUCGCAAAAGAUUAAUUUAUAGUUUAACUGACACCGAAAAAGGUGUUAAGCAAUUGGAUAAAUUGUGAUUAGCAUCCUGAUUGUUAUUAGCAUUGUAGUGUGGUUUGUUUUGGAGGAAAUCGCAACCACAAAAGUACUAGUCUUCCUCUCUUCGGAGCUCAUAUUGGAAAUCGCAACCAAUUGAUGAGAAUUUUGGAAAAGCUAAA